CCCAAGAGCGUGUACAAAAUUUUUCCACAAUCAAAUUUCAUAUCUAGAAACUGCUAAUAGUCUUGGACGAUCAAGUGACAAAGUCCAAUCUUUAAUUUGGAUUUGAAACAUGCACUGCCAAAACCACUUUUCGAUUGCAAUUGUGUUAAUUAUUUCGAUAACCAUUCUAUUUUAUUCAACACUAACUAGAGCUUUUGGUGAACCUGAGUACGGAUACAAAGAAAAAAGUGCAAAGGGGCCUAAACAUUGGGGUGAUCUCAAAAAAGAAUGGGCAGCUUGUAAAGGGGAGAUGCAAUCUCCUAUUGAUUUGUCUAGUGACAGAGUGAGUGUGAUCCCAAAUUUGGGGAAGCUAAAUAGAAGCUACAAGCCUCAACAUGCUACUAUAUCCAACAGAGGCCACGAUAUUGCAGUGAGUUGGGAAGCGGAUGCUGGCUCGAUAGACAUCAAUGGAACACAAUAUUUCCUCCAAACAACCCAUUGGCACUGGCCAUCUGAACAUACCAUCAAUGGCCGCAGGUAUGAUUUGGAGUUGCACAUGGUUCAUGUUAGCCCUCAGCCAGAUGGAAUCAACAAGACUACCGUUGUUGGUGUUUUGUACAAGUUUGGUUCACCCGAUCCAUUUCUCUCCAAGCUUGGAAAGUACAUAAUGGACAUUCCUGAUGAAGAAGAAGAGAAAAGUAUAGGGAUUAUUGAUCCCUCAAAAAUACUCAAGAUGGGCGGGAGUAUGUAUUACAGAUAUAUGGGGUCACUCACUGCACCUCCUUGCACUGAAGGUGUCAUUUGGACCAUUAAUAAAAAGAUAAGAACUGUUUCAAGAGGACAAGUGAAGUUAUUGAAGAAUUCCGUACUUAAAUAUGUAAUAUGCAAAAAGGAAUGCAAGGCCGGUGCAGAUCCUGAAUCAGCGAGAGAUUGAACUUUACGACCCAAAGACAAAGAAUAUACCUCACUAUUGAUUUAUGCAUAUAGUAUUUAUUUUUUUUUUUUCAAUUCAUUUGAUUCAGUAUUUGUUUUCAAUCCAUUACUAUGUAUAUUGAUGUACUAUUUAUGUGGGUAGAAACACAUACGCAACCAUUUUUAUAGUCUAUAAUUAUUUUAAUUUUUUAAAA